CUGGUGCAGAGAGAAAGGAAGAAAGCAAACAGAGUGUGAGAGAGAGAGAGAGAGGGAUUUGUUUUCAUUUUCCCGGAAAAUUUUCCAAGAAGGAAAAUAAGGGGAAAGGAAAACCAGAGACCUUCCUUCCUCCAUCUCUCACUUUCUUUCUCUCUCUCUCGCCUCACCCAAUUUUCAAUCUUUUUCCUCCUAUUCAGCUCUGGACCUUCAGAUUUCUGUUCCCUCUCUCCCUUUUCUUUUUUGUUUGUUUCGUUUUAUUGAAUGGUCUUCCUAAUCCUUCCUUCUUCCCAACUUGUCGUUAUUCAUCUAAUUUCCCCUUUUCCUCUUUCUGUUUGUCUCACGCGAUUUCCUCCACCGACUUCCGGCUGUUGCACAAUCGCGAUUCCCGUGGUCGGUUUCGGGCCGAUCUCUUGAUUCGGAGCGCACCGCCGCUCGAAUCCGCAUUGCGACUGCCCACUCGAUCUGUCUCGUUUGUGGGCGACUUGGGGGAAAUCUGGAUGCCCCCCAAUUGGGAUCACUUUCCCGAGAAACCGAAGGAAAACCCCGUUUUCUUGGCUGGUAUGGGUUGCUGAGUUUCGGUUAAAAAAGGCUUCUUUUUGGUUGUUUGGUGUUCGUAGUUGAGGGGGUUUUCUGCGUGUCUAUAUGUUGGAUUGGGGAUGCAGCAGAUGGAGAGGGAGGGCGGGAAGGAAAUUAUGAUGAGUAAUUUUAAUCAUAGAUACAGUCAGUUUAGCAAUGAUUAUGAUAGGCAGCUGAAGCAGCAGAACGCUGAUGAUGAUUUAGGAGGAUUUGAUGAUUACAGUCACAAUUUUUUCAACAAUGUGAAUGGUAUAACUACUACUCCAUUCAAGCCCACCAGCGGCGGGGGCACUUCCACCAACUCCUCGCCGACGUCGUCGCCGGGCUCUCGUGGGUUCAUUGAGCACCCGGUUUCCAAGUUCGAUACCCUUGCCGGCGUUGCCAUCAAGUAUGGCGUUGAGGUAAAUGUUAUUCUACCCUUCAUGGACUCGUGUGAUUCUCUAGCUGGUGUUUGGAGUUAUUCUGUUUGGGUAAAAGCGUUUGAUUGGAAUUUCCUUCCAUUUGGCAUUCUGAAUGUGACAAUUUGAUGAAUGGAUAAUGCGGAUGAUUCUUCUCUUCUCUGGCAUUGGUAGAAGGUGCUGUUUGAUUUUGAAUGGAAAUCAUUUAGCUUCUUAUGCCAGUUGUUGUGGAUUGCUUUUGUAUGCCUAGCCUUUUCCUUCCUUUCUCUUUCCCUUUUGGUGGUUCAACACAGAUUCAAAGGCAUUGUUAGCUUAUGCAUUGUUAGUGUAUGCUCAUCUGGUUUUGUGGAAUCUUAGGUGGCUGACAUAAAAAAGAAGAAUGGUCUGGUUACAGAUCAUCAAAUGUUUGCCCUGAAAACGCUCCGGAUUCCUCAUCCCGGGAGACACCCUCCAUCGCCAUGUUUGUCAAGUGGCGCUGACACCCCUGGGUAUUCUUCAUAUUUCUCUUUACCUUUUCUUCUGCUUGAUUGUACUGUGCAAGUUCAUUGAUUGUGCGUACACCUGAUUGACAGAAUCUAACCCCUGUGAAAAAUAAUUGAAGAAUAAUAUCACCUCUUUGUAAUCAAUGUCCAGUGGAGAUUUUUGUUUCAAGAUCUCCCAAACAGUAGUGUGGGUGCUGUUGUUUGGUAGAGUUUAGUGGUGGAUUUGAGCCUUGAAUCUCUCUGCUGAUGGAUUUGUGCAAAAAUCUCUUUCGGUGGAUUCUAGCAUGAAAAUAUAUGUGCACAGAUGCAGAACUACAACUUAUAGUAGCAGAGUUUCAGUACGUUAUUCUAUGUACAUUAUAUGGGGCCUGUGAUGUAAUCAUUUUCAUGCUUACAUGUGAUGUAGACUGGAUACUGCCUCUUCGCACCACUGUGAUUUAUAACACUGGGAUAGUCUUUUUUAACAGGGGGAACAACUUGGACCACACGCCACUCCAGCGUGGAUACACUGAUCUCCUCGAUUCAUUCCAAACUCUGAGGCCAAAAUCUUCUUCUGGACGAAAGGCCUCCCCUGCAAUGACUUCUUUACAGGGUUACUAUGGUAUUUCUUCUCCUGCUGAUCUCAGACUCUCUCCGGACACCAACCCUCCUUUAAACCAUCACCGGAAAUCCAGGAGCUAUGUCAAUGUUUUGCUUGAUGAGAACAAUGCUGCAGAUGGUGACUCCAUGGUAAGAAGACGGCAGAAAUCAGAAGCCGACUUCCCAAACAUGCUGAUGAGGGAAGAGAACGGUAAUGGUAGCGCUUCAGUAUCAGCAGGGAAAACUGGGGGAAAAGGGUUGGCUUUAAGACCCAAAUCAGCAAACCGGAGUGGUUUGAUAUCAGAACUCGAGGCGGCGGCAGCAUCAGCAGGCAGUUUGAGCCCUAAUAAACCAGCUGGUGCUGGAGGAGAUCCUGCUGAUGUUGCCGACCUGGUUGCGUCGGUGAGGAAGUCAUCGAGCACAUCAAGUUUGAACGAGACAGAUGGCAGUGGUGGUUCAUUCCCAUGGCCGACUCCAAAAUGGAACCUGAAGGCAGACCUGCAGGCGCUGUCGGCAGCAGCCAUAGCCAGGCCUAUCUUCGAUGGUUUGCCGAAACCCUUGAGUGGGUGGAGAAACAAAGCUGCUGUUGACUAGGGGUACAGCCAUUAUAUACAUGCUACUACUGCUUCUGCUGAUUGUCUUACUGCAGAAACGGAUCCAGAGUGUGGAAAAUUGUCCACUUUUUGAGGAGAGAGGGAGAGCCACACCUGGCGGGGAAGCGAUGGGAUUGAAUUGUAUUGAAGAGAUUUGAACUCUGAAUAUAUAGCUAGAUGAUCAAAAUAGGGAAAAGAAAGCAGAUUCGCAAUUGGAAAUAACGUGUUGUAGGAUCAUGGUUAGGGUCUUAUUGGUUGAACAGGAGAAAUGGUUCGAGUUACUUGUAAUCUUUGUAUAAUUUAUCGUUUCUUUACUUGAUACCAAUCUCUCAUGCCAAACUCGUGAGCUGGCCAGUUUCAUAUGGUAUUUCGUUGUUUACUGCCAGUUUCAAAUAUGUUGGAAUAGUUUUGGAAGAAAGCCAACAGUAGUUAAGGAAGAGAUCCUCCCUACGGAUGCGUCUAUGUGAGUUCUUUCUAUUUUGUCUGUUUGUAUUCAAUGCGAAAGGGACGUACGCUAUGUUUGGGUUCUUACGGUUGGCGUGCAUUGUACAUGCAUUAUUGGAGACGUUUAAUACCCUUGCAUGUACUUGUACCACCACAUAGCUGUCCAUUUCCAUUCCUAUAAAACCGUCCCUUACUUUGAAGGGGAUUCUUACUGUUUUCCUCCUUUCUCGAGCUGGUGGGUGCUCUUUCAUUCCUUUUUUUUGUUCUACUUGUUUCUUCUACAGUUGCAUAAUUGUUCAUGGGAUGGUCAUUUCAUGGAAUUCCUCGAACGCAUCAUUGUUAUUCUCCAUGGCCAUUUCAUGUGGUUUCUUAGGAGUUGUAGUCUUUCUUCUUAGGUCAUGGCGCGGCUGGUUGGGUAGGUUGAGGCUGUUGCUGCUGCUGUGAAGGUGCUGCACACAUUCAUGCUACUGUUGCUGCCAUUACUUCCACCGCCACUGCCGGGCUUACCCAAAUGGCUCAUUGUAAAGGACCAUUCUGGUAAGUCCAUUGUUAAUUUGUUUAUCUUCUGUUUAGGUGGGAAAGUUACCAUUUUCUAAAAAGGAAAAUAGUGAACGUGGAUGCUUUUCAUUUCUACUGGGACAGUAUCAUUAUAGAAAGUUUGACAUUAAAUUGCAAUUUACUAACGAAAGGAAAAUUUUGAUACUCCGACGCGAUUGGCUUAGGUGUAGGCGGGAGCGACGGGAGCGGCGGAAGUGGUGGAAGAGGUGUUGGUUGUGGAGACGCACUGGCAUGAAGGGCACAUGGUUCGGGUGAUGACAGGGAGCUGCAUGUAGAAAGGCUGGGACACGUCUCGACAAGACCAGUACCUAACGACGGAGUUCAGCUAGUCGGAGUACGUUGGUUAAAAUUUGCAUACAAGAGAGCACAACAGAUCGAAUACAGAUCAAAGAAUCAUACAGAGAAUUUCCAAUUUCCAAUCGCCGCCGAUCUACUUUCAGGGAAGCUUGUGUUAGACAUACUGAAUCAAAACAAAUGAACGAAGACAAGCGAU